AUGGCGUCUCCGCCCAAUACAGAGCCGCCACGGCGUGCAGCAACAAACUCCAGGGACGAAGCCGCAGGCCUAUCGCAGUCACUUAGCCAGCUGUCACUCGGCCAGCGUGGCCCGCCAUCCCCCGGAUUAUCGCCAUUGCCCUCUCCCUCGACGCCGCUGACGCCUUUAAAUCUCCCUCGCCAUGCCUCUCCUUCGUCUGCUCGCACUCCAUCUCUCAGUCCCUCAGGUAGAGAGUCGCGAGCUGCAACCCCCACCCUCGUCCGCAAAGCCUCGAUGAACUCCCUGCACUCGGCAAACGGCGUCGGCCCUUCGCGGUCUUUAUCCAGGCGCUCCAGCCUGGGGCAGGUUGUUUCACCGGGCUUGAGGGCGUCGUUUGGAGCUCCCGAGCCUGAAUGGCGUCCGCCUGUCACGCCCAGCUCCGUGGCGAGCGGCCACUUCAAGGACGAGCUCGAGGCCCAUCACGGGCCCGUGUCUACGCUCUACACCGAGACGGUUGUUGUGCUCAACGAUGCCGUCUACGGCCACCGCUUCUCGCGCCCGCGCACCCCCAAGAGUGCCCUCAACACCAUUGUGGAGCGCCCCGAGCGAAUCAAGGCCAGCGUCCUGGGUGUGUCCGCAGCCUAUGUGCGUCUUGGGGAGCGUCACAGCGAUGGUGCGCUGCCCAUUCUGCCAAAGGGCAAUGUUCACAUGCUGCCCAGCAUCCCCUUUCGCAUCCACAAGACGGAUCGGAGGCUGUCGCUGCUGUCCCCUGCCGUCACCAACGUGCAUGGGACCAAGGGGAUGGAGGAAUUCAAGGCCAUGUGUGAGUCUGCUGAGGCCGUCUUGGCUCGUGGAGGAAAGGAGCUGCAGAGGCCGGCCGGGUCCACGACGCAGGAGAAGCUUCAUGAGGGCGACUUGUACCUUUGUGGCGAGUCGCUAGAUGCCAUUGAGGGUGCUCUGGGAGCUGUGUGCGAGGGCGUGGAUGCCGUCUUUUCUGCUGGGCCGCGCCGUGCAUUUGUUGCCGUUCGACCUCCCGGGCACCAUUGCUCUGCCAAUCUCCCGUCUGGCUUCUGCUGGGUCAACAAUGUCCAUGUUGGAAUUAUGCACGGCAUCCUCAACCACGAACUCACUCACGCCGCCAUCAUCGACUUUGACUUACACCAUGGAGAUGGCUCUCAGGCCAUUGCCUGGGCGCACAACUCUCGGUCAAAGGCCGCCACCAAGAGCCAUGCCGCCUGGAAAAGGACGUCGAUUGGUUAUUUCAGCUUGCACGACAUCAACUCAUAUCCCUGCGAAAACGGCGAUGAUGACAAGAUUAGAAACGCAAGUAUUUGCAUUGAGAAUGCACACGGCCAAAACGUCUGGAACACCCAUCUCCAGCCAUGGAAGACAAUCGAGGAUUUCUGGGACCUUUACGAGACCAAAUACACCAUACUCCUCGACAAGGCCCGCAGCUAUCUCAAAGCUCAGGCGGAGAAGCUACAAGACGCAGGCGCCAAACCGCGGGCUGUCAUCUUCUUGUCUGCUGGCUUUGAUGCUAGUGAAUGGGAGGGCGCUGGAAUGCAGCGUCACAAGGUCAACGUGCCCACCGAGUUCUACGCGCGGCUCACGCAAGAUAUUGUUCAGCUUGCCGCAGAAGAGGGCCUCUUUGUUGAUGGCCGUAUCGUCAGUGUCUUGGAGGGUGGCUACAGCGACAGAGCCUUGACUUCGGGCAUUCUCAGUCAUCUCAGCGGUCUUGUUGGGAAGCAGAACGUGCCUCGCCAAGGCCGUCUUUCUUUCACGCAAAGUGCCUAUAACGAGGAUGAUGAGUAUCCUGCACACUCGUUAUCAUCCAUCAACCCGUACGAUCCUUCGUGGUGGUCGGCUGACCAACUUGAGAAACUGGAAGUCACAGCAGGACUACCCGAUCUCACGCCAAAGAAGCCGCGUAUGGUUACUCCUCCAACCUAUUGUACACCAACCCAAGCUUCUACGGCUAGGGCUGUAGACCCCCUCAAGAUGCGACGAAGCAUGUCGACUCUGGUCAACAGAUCCAACGUCUCAAGCCGAUCUCCAUCUCCCUCGCCCCCUGAGGUUCCAUGGACGGUGGCUGCCAACGAGCUCUCAAAGCUCCUCAUACCGCGGGAUCGCCAAACCGACAGCCACACGGCUGAUGAUUUGAAUCCAGAGGCGGCCCGCGUACGGCGGGAUAGGCAAUCGAGUGGCACGCCGGAUCUCGAGCGACCAACAUCGAGAAUGUCGCUUCGCGAUCGCAAGCCUAGGUCUAUUGAUCCCAUUCAAGAGGAGAACAAUGCUCGGCAGAUGAGGGACCGGAGAAAGACCGUGGGUCCUUCAGCAAUUGCGGCAGAAAAGGUGAACAUGCAAUUUUAUGAACACCCCCUUUUGUCAUCAAUAGCGACGACUAACAUGUGUUAUCAGGCAUUCGCUCGCGGCCAAACACCGCAACCACCCCUUGUCGGCUUGCCUCCCAAGCCCAAGAAUAACCGUCGGCUUAGCACAUCGUCGGUUGCUCCCACGCAACAACGUAGUGUUUCUCGUGCCGCAACGAUCAGCGAGGAACUACCACUUCGCCCUGCAACAUCUGCGGGUCCCAUCGCCGGGAGGCCUAUCUCAAUUGCAGACAAUCACGCGCAGAGUGUCGGCCCUACCGGAAGAAUCACUGUUAGAAGGUCACGGCCGACCACGGCUCAUGGUGAGCCGGCCCUCAGGUCACCAAUGCUUGAAGCCAGAAAGGAGGGUCCUGCAGAAGCAACUACGGCACCUUCAGUUGCAAGGCUGGACGCUACUAUUGACGACAUGGAUAAAAUCACCAAGGAUAUCAAGAAGAUCAAGAUCAACUUGAUCACCCAGUCGCAAAAGGAGGCAAAAGAAAAGGCUCGCCUUGAGGCUGAACAAGCCGCCAAGUCCGAGCUGCGCACUUCAUCUGCCAGCACCAACAGAUCCGUGGAGUCUGGCGGCCUCAAGACACCCAACAGCGCCACCGGCCGCAGAUCCAACUUCAACGCUGCGUCCCCAGAUGGGACCAUGCCGGCGCUAUCGACCGCCUCUGAGAGUAGCCUAUCAACCCCCAAUAUGGAGCACUUUACACCACGGACUGUUUCCCCUGAAUCGAGACAAGCUGUGCCAAACGUGAGCUCUCCUCGCUCGGCGAAAGUGAUGGAUGAGACAUCCGAGUUUUUCCAGUACCAGCCUGAAGGGCCACCGCCGGUCUCCAUUCCUCCUCAGGAGCCGCUCAAGUGGCUUCCCCCAACACUCCCAGGCGGCCCUCCAGUUGUCACACCUGGCCUCCUUAAAAAGAAGAGCAGUGCUCUUUUCCAAUAUGGCAGCAGCGGCACAAUCCCCUUUGCCCCCAAGCAGCCAGCUCACCGCAACACCUCACCUCAAAACAAAACCCAGAGGAAGCCAAGCGGUACUAUCAGGGGCACCCCCAGAUCUCCACCAAAAUAGUAGACGGCUACCAUGAAAAUGCAAAAUGGAGACGGUAUUAGAUUUCUUAUGUCACACGGAUGGUACGGUAUGGAACACGGAAAGGAUAGGAGUUUGUUUGCUUUCCCCCCCCCUUUGCCUGUUUAGCGCUUGUUGAAGCUCGUUCUCUCCUUUUUUUUUGAGACCAACUGUUUUCUAGCCAGUAUGCACCCUUUGCCAAACUACCAGCCUCUGGAAUGCUGGGUUGCCUUCAU